AUGGCAAGAGGCAAUCGGACCACAGUGACAGAAUUUGUCCUUAUGGGAUUCACAGAGCGUCCUGAGCUGCAACUUCCCCUUUUUGUAGUGUUCCUGGUGAUUUAUCUCAUCACCCUGGUAGGAAACUUUGGCAUGAUCCUGCUCAUCAAGGUGAAUCCGAGGCUCCACACCCCCAUGUACUAUUUCCUCAGCCACCUGGCUCUCAUUGAUGUUGGCUACUCAUCUUCCAUUGGGCCCAAGAUGCUGCAAAAUUUAUUGGUGAAGAAAAAAACCAUCUCCUUUUCAGGCUGUUUUGCCCAGCUGUACUUCUCCAGUGCUUUCGCCACUACUGAGUGCUUCCUCUUGGCCACAAUGGCCUAUGACCGCUACAUGGCAAUCUGCAACCCCCUGAUUUACUCAGCCAUUAUGACUCAGAGGGUCUGCAAGGAGUUGGUGAUCGGGGUCUAUACUUACGGCUUCCUGAACUCUGUAAUACAAACAGUUCUGACUUUCCAGUUGUCUUUCUGCAACUCCAAUAUCAUCCACCAUUUCUACUGUGCUGACCCCCCUCUCCUUGCCCUCUCCUGCUCUGAUGCCCGCAACAAAGAAAAGCAGCUCUUGAUCUUCUCCGCAGUGAAUCUCAGUGGAUCCUUCCUGACUGUCCUCAUCUCCUACAUUUGUAUCCUCUUUUCCAUUAUAAAAAUUCAGUCUUCCGAAGGCAAGUGCAAAGCCUUUUCCACCUGUGCCUCCCACCUCACUGUGGUCAUCAUCUUCUAUGGAACACUGUUUUUCAUGUACAUGCAGCAACCUAAAGCAGGGAAUUCAUGGAAGUACAACGAAGUGGUCUCUGUGUUUUAUAGUCUUGUAAUUCCCCUGCUCAACCCCCUGAUCUAUUCCCUUAGGAACACAGAAGUAAAGGACACCCUGAAAAAGAUGCUAGAGGGCAAAGAGCCAUAG